ACGCAGGCCUGGGCGGAAACGGGACCACGGCGACGCGUAAAAAAUUUUUCCGAGGGCUCGCUGCUGUUCGAGUGGACCUGAGAAGGCAGUCGAGUGAAUCGCACUCUGUGGUGUUCAGGAGACCAGCCGAAGGAGAGGUCUUGGGGGGGAAUCCGCAGGUCACGACCAUCGUGGACAGAGGCUGUGCCAAACCAUGGUGGAAUACUACCAGAUAUUAGGAGUACCUAGAAAUGCCUCCCAGGAGGAUAUCAAAAAAGCGUAUAGAAAACUGGCAUUAAAGUGGCACCCAGACAAAAACCCUGAAAACAAGGAGGAAGCAGAGCGGAAAUUUAAAGAGCUUUCUGAGGCUUAUGAAGUCCUGUCAGACGCCAACAAGAGAAACCUAUAUGACACCUACGGCAAAGAAGGCUUAUCUGGAAAUGGUGGCGGAGGACAUUAUGGUGACCCAUUCAGUGGAGGAUUCACUUUCCGAAACCCGGAAGAUGUCUUCAGGGAGUUUUUUGGCGGACGAGACCCAUUCGCCAACUUCUUCGGCGACGACCCGUUCGACCCCUUUGGUGACUUCUUCGGCACAGGGCGUAGUCGGCACCGCGGUGUGAGCCGGAGCCGCACGACUGGCAGCCCCUUCUUCCAGGGCUUUGGAGGUUUCCCCGCCUUCGGUGCCGGGUUCUCUUCGUUUGACUCAGGUUUCUCCUCCUUUGGCCAGCUGGGGAGCGGGGGCUUCACCUCUUUCUCCUCCUCGUCGUUUGGCGGCGGCGGCGGCGGCGGCGGCGGCGGCGGCGGCGGCAUGGGGAACUUCCGCCAGGUGUCUACCUCCACCAAAUUCAUCAAUGGCAGAAAAAUCACAACAAAAAGGAUCGUCGAGAAUGGCCAGGAGCGCGUGGAGGUGGAAGAGGACGGCCAGCUGAAAUCCCUGACCGUCAACGGUGUAGCUGACCAAGAGGCCCUGGAGGUGGAGCACCAACACAGAAGGCAGAACCUACUCCCCAGUGCCCCCUCUGUCCCCCGCUACCUGAGGUCUGCGCCACAGGGAGGCCCAGAGGAAGAGGAAGACCGUGGCUCCCCCAGCCUGGGCCAGGCCAGAGGUCACACGGACACUAAGCGGAGAAAAUCAUGGCUGAGGGAAGAAGGCAAGAAGAAGAAGGCGCCGAAGCUGGUCCACCGGAUAGGCACCUGGUUUUAAGAAUGUGUCACCUGCAAGUCGAGGGGGGAGGGGGGCGUUAACCAAAGCCCAGUGUCACCGUUUUUAGGAUCUGUUGCCUUGCUGAGACAUCGCUUUACUCUCUUAACUUAAAGUGCAGUUUUGCCAUAAGAAAGUCAGUAGCAUAUGCUUCCCCAUUGGGUCCACAGCAAUGUCCACUAGUUGCAGAAAUGCCAAAUCUGUCCCACCAUGUCCAAGUCAGUCAUCAGUUCUGAUGGACCUGGUCAGUGGCACUACAGCUUGACAUCCCUGAGGAGAGCUUAAAAAGGGUUGCCAGCUUUGGUCAGCGGGCUGGAAUGGGAUUUUAAUUUCGAGACUAGUCUGCACACGCAAUUUCAUGUAUCUAACAGGUUUAUUACCUUGUAAAUAGUCUGUAGGGUGUGCAAACUACCCCAGUCUUUUUGAUGUAGCUAAUUUCAGGUUUAUAAUGGAAUGAUAUAGAUUUGCCGUAAGAUUUUUUGUGUGUGAGCAUGAGAAUCUGAAAGUGUGUCACCCCUGAUGUGUGACAGUUGACCACCCUGGCAGCUCAGAAUGCACAAAUUGACUCUGCUUGCAUGGAUGAAACUACAGGACAGUAGGACACAAAAACAUCCAGUUGUUGUUGACUUUGUCCCUUUUUUUUUGGAAAAAUGGCACCAUUGUCGGCCUGUGACUCCACCUCCUUUCAGCCUCCAUCCUCACACCAUCCAUAAAGUCAAAAUUCCUCAGGGUGUGGAGCUCAUUAGUGACUCUAUUGUGACAAAUUACCAUUUUAUGGAAUUUCCCACAAUGCACUAGAUAGAGGGAAAUGGAUUCUGGGAUAACUGUUGUAAAUUUGAUUUGGUGUAGAAGCUGGUACAAGGUAGGCAGCAGGCCCGUAUGCACAAAGAAAAUAUAGGGGGUUGGGCAAUCCUACCGAUAGACCCCUUUCCCCUUUCGGUAGAUUUUGCCAACCAGGGUGGUGUUCAAACUUGUUAUUUUAAUACCUGGUUAUGUGCUGGUAGGCAGACAGGUAGUUACCGGUAAUUCAGGACGAGGGAAAGACAAAGAUUGGCAUUUCUCACGAUUCAACAUGCAUUUAGGUCGAGAGUCUCCGAGUUGUUCUGUAGCAUCCAUGGGUGAAUGCAAUCUGUGUGUGAAACGGCUUCAUUAUAAAAGUCAUUAGGUCUAAAGGCACCUCUGGCGUGACAAUAUGCAUUGUAAGGUUGGCCUCAGCUUCCCAGCAGACUUGCGACUGUACUUAAUAAAUCGGCAUGAUUGCGCUAAAUAUCAUGCUGAAACACCGGAAACCAGUCUAUAACAAACCCAAAUUUAGGCAAUUUUCUGCGCUGGAUAAAAUAUGGAUGUUUGUUCGUACCCUAGAGAGCUUCGAGUACCGCGCGGUGAUUUUCCUCUCUUGACUUUUUAAUGCAGAAUUGCUUCCUUCGGCCUCUUUAGUGCGAAAGCGUUCACAUUUUUUUAAAAUACUUGCAUGCAUAAUAUAUUCAGAAUCUCUCCUGCUUUUCAUUAAAACUCACACAGCGCGAACAGGUGGUAUAAACUUAAUACCCUUUCACAACCAUUGUAACGUGGUUUACUGUUGUGAUGAUAAUUUGUUGUAUGAGAACAUAUAUUAUCUGUACGAAUCGUAGAUAAAUGUGAAUACAGUCGUUUUCUAUAUAAAAGGUGCCAAUAAAGCUAAAAUUAGAAUAAAA